UUGAAAGAGGAUGCGGUUGUCAAGGCGACGUGGAUAGGAGGAGAGGACGGAGGGAGGAGGAAGGACUGGCGGCCUUGGCGUGGCCGCAGGGAGGUGACUGAAGCGAGCCCGGCCCCUUGCAUCCUCCCCCUGUGUACCUCCCUCCCUCUUUUUUCCUCCUUCUGCCAACAGAAGCAGCCGCCGCAGCACCUGAGCCGCUGCUGCCGUUCGCUCAGCACAGCGCUAUGGCCGAUCCUGGUCACGGCCACCAUCCCUCUGCCAGAGGCAGGGGAAGAGCUGAGAAGCACACGUCCCAGCUUCUGUGCCUCCUGUUCUGGGCUGGGACCGUCCUCCAGGUAACCCAGGGAACUGGACCGGAGCUUCACGCCUGCAAAGAGUCGGAGUACCACUAUGAGUACACCACGUGCGACAGCACGGGAUCCAGGUGGAGGGUCGCUGUGCCACACACCCCGGGUCUAUGCACCAGUCUCCCUGAUCCCGUCAAGGGCACCGAGUGCUCUUUCUCUUGCAAUGCUGGGGAGUUUCUGGAUAUGAAGGACCAGUCCUGUAAGCCGUGUCCUAAGGGCUGCUACUCCCUCGGCACAGGCAUCCGUUUUGAUGAGUGGGAUGAGCUGCCCCAUGGCUUUGCCAGCCUCUCCGACAACGUGGGGCUUGAGGACAGUGCCACGGAGUCCACUGAGAACUGCACUUCGUCCACGUGGGUCCCCCGGGGUGACUAUAUCGCCUCUAACACGGACGAGUGCACAGCCACACUGAUGUAUGCCGUUAGCCUGAAGCAGUCUGGCACCGUGAACUUUGAGUACUACCACCCAGACUCCAGUAUCAUCUUUGAGUUCUUUGUCCAGAAUGAUCAGUGUCAGCCCAAUGUGGACGAUGCCAAAUGGAUGAAAACUACGGAGAAAGGAUGGGAAUUCCACAGUGUUGAGCUAAAUCAAGGCAAUAAUGUCCUCUACUGGAGAACCACAGCCUUCUCAGUGUGGUCCAAAGUUUCCAAUCCUGUGCUGGUGAGAAACAUCGCCAUCACAGGAGUGGCCUACACAUCUGAAUGCUUCCCUUGCAAACCGGGCACAUAUGCAGCCAAGCAAGGCUCCUCUUUCUGCCAACUUUGCCCGGCCAACUCUUACUCAAACAAAGGAGAAACUUCUUGCCACCCUUGUGAUUCUGACAAAUAUUCAGAAAAAGGAUCCUCCUCCUGCAAAAUGCGCCCGGCCUGCACAGACAAAGAUUAUUUCUACACACACACGGCCUGUGAUGCCAACGGAGAGACGCAGCUCAUGUACAAAUGGGCCCAGCCCAAAAUCUGUGACGAGGACAUGGAAGGGGCAGUGAAGCUCCCUGCCUCUGAUGUGAAGACCCACUGCCCACCCUGCAAUCCAGGCUUCUUCAAGACCAGCAACAGCACCUGUGAGCCCUGUCCUUACGGCACUUACUCCAACGGCUCUGAUUGUACCCAUUGCCCAGCUGGAACAGAACCUGUCCUGGGAUAUGAAUACAAAUGGUGGAACAUGAUGCCUGCAAACAUGGAGACGACUGUCCUCAGUGGGAUCAACUUUGAGUACAAAGGCCUGACGGGCUGGGAGGUGGCUGGAGAUCACAUAUACACAGCUAUUGGAGUCUCCGACAACGACUUCAUGAUUCUCACUCUAGUUGUGCCAGGAUUUAGACCCCCACAGUCAGUGAUGGCAGACACAGAGAAUAAAGAGGUGGCCAGGAUCACAUUUAUCUUUGAAACCAUCUGUUCUGUGAACUGUGAGCUCUACUUCAUGGUGGGCAUGACUUCAAGGACCAACACCCCCGUGGAGACAUGGAAAGGUUCCAAAGGCAAACAGUCCUACACCUACAUCAUUGAGGAGAAUUCCACCAUGAGCUUCACCUGGGCCUUCCAGAGGACCACACUUCAUGACACAGGCAGAAAGUACACCAAUGAUGUUGCCAAGAUCUACUCCAUCAAUAUCACGAAUGUCAUUGAUGGUGUGGCCUCCUAUUGCCUCCCCUGUGCCCUGGAAGCCUCUGACAUGGGCUCCUCCUGCACUUCUUGUCCUGCUGGUUACUACAUCAACCGAAAUUCUGGAACCUGCCAUCCCUGCCCCCCUAAUACAGUCCUGAAAGCUCACCAGCCUUAUGGUAUCCAGGCUUGCAUGCCCUGUGGUCCAGGGACCAAGAGCAACAAGAUCCACUCUCUCUGCUACAACGAUUGCACCCUUGCACGCAUCACCCCAUCCAGGAUCUUCAACUACAACUUCUCGGCUUUGGCAGCCACUGUCUCUCUGGCUGGAGCGCCGAGCUUCACUUCAAAAGGGCGGAAGUAUUUCCAUCACUUUACCCUGAGUCUCUGCGGAAACCAGGGUAAGAAAAUGUCCGUGUGCACCAACAAUGUCACUGACCUCAGGAUCUCUGAGGGUGAGUCGGGUUUCUCCAAAUCCAUCACAGCCUACAUCUGCCAGUCCAUCAUCAUCCCCUCAGAGGUGACAGGGUACAAGACCAGGGUAUCCUCGCAGCCUGUCAGCCUUGCUGACCGACUUGUUGGGAUAUCAACAGAUAUGACUCUGGAUGGAAUCACCUCCCCAGCUGAACUUUUCCCCCCGGAGACCUUGGGGAUACCAGACGUGAUCUUCUUUUUUAGAUCCAAUGAUGUGACCCAGUCCUGCAGUUCUGGAAGAUCAGCCACCGUCCGCCUCAGAUGCAAUCCACUGAAAAUUGCUCCUGGAAGCCUGUCACUUCCACGCACGUGUUCUGAUGGGACCUGUGAUGGCUGUAACUUCCACUUCCUGUGGGAGAGCAUGGCUGCUUGUCCGCUUUGCUCGGAUGCUGACUACCACACUUUCGUCAGCAGCUGUGUGUCUGGGAUCCAGAAGAGCACUUACGUAUGGCGAGAACCGAAGAUAUGCUCUGGUGGCAUCUCCCUACCUGAGCAGAUUGUCACCCUCUGCAAAACGAUAGAUUUCUGGCUGGAAAUGGGCAUCUCUGCAGGCACCUGUAGUGCCAUCCUACUCACUGUCCUGACCUGCUACUUUUGGAAAAAGAAUCAAAAACUUGAAUACAAGUACUCCAAAUUAGUGAUGAAUGCUACUCUUAAGGAUUGCGACCUCCCAGCAGCUGAUAGCUGUGCCAUCAUGGAAGGUGAAGAUGUGGAAGAUGAUCUCUCCUUUACCAGCAAGAAGUCUUUCUUUGGAAAAAUCAAAUCACUCACCUCCAAGCAGACAGCUCCUGUCACCAUCUCUCUUUCAGAGGACUCCUGACGGGUUUGACUCAGUGCCACUGAAGACCUCCUCAGGAGGCCCAGACAUGGACAUGUGAGAGGCACCGUCUGCCUCACCCGCCUCCUCACCUUGGUGUAUCGCUUUGCACGCCUGUGGCAAUUUGGGUGCCAGCAUCCUGCAAUAUCCACUGCUGGAAAUCUCUUCAUUGUGGCCUUAUCAGAAGAAGUUUGAAAUUCAGACCUUUGUUUUAUUAUAGAGUACCCAAACCUCCUUUUUUGCUUGCCUCAAACCUACCAAAUAUACCCAUACUUUGUAUAUUA